AUGUUAGAAAAUACUUUAUUUAAUCUAUGUAAUUUAUUUUUGACUACUUAAGUUUUGAAAUUACUAUUUUGACAUCAUUAUUUCACUUAAAUUGUGAAUUUUAGAAUUCUUAUAUUUCAUGAUAAUUAUAGUAAACUGAAUGUUAUGGUUCAUUUUAAUCAUUUUCUUACUAAAUAAAAAUGUUUUCUGAAGAAGAUGCAGAUGUUAUCUCAUCUCAGGAUGAAAAUGAUGACGAUUCAUCUUGGGAAUUAAAUGAAGAAGAUAAAUCAUCUAGCGAUGAUGAUGAGGAGGACAAUGAUAAAUUAAUAAAAGAUGAACAAAUUGUAUCAAAAUUAGUGAGAGAUGUUAUAAGUGGCAAAUCUUUUGACUCUAAUACUAGUAGUUUAUUAAAAAAUUGUUCAUAUUCUAUUUUGAUGUAUAACAAAGAUAUUAAAGAAAUAACACCUAUUCAAUUUGAAGAAAUGGUCAUGGAAAAAGCUGCCCUUGCUAUUGUUAAUAACAGUGAAUUAGGCCGCCAAUUAUUUGAAGCUAAAGCUAUUAAUAAAGAACAACAGUUUUGGAAAAUAAAAUUUGAAAAUUUGCAAAAACAAACGUCUUCUAUCCGUAAACAACUUGAAAAGAUGAAAAGAAAACCUUAUAAAAAAGAACUUAAUGUGAGAUCAGUUGGAACACAACUAAAUUGGCCUAAUAUUGAUGAAAAUAAUGUUCAAAAUACAAGUUGAAGAAAAUGGUUAUUUACUACUUAAGAUAAUAUUAAUGAAAUAAUUAAUUUGAAAUUAAUUUGUGAUAGCAACAUUCAAAAACAUUUUCUAUUUAAUUAAUAAUUUUAUUAUCGUGUUUAACAAAUAUUCCAGUUGAUUUAUAUAUUACUUACAAUGAUAUUAUUGAUAAUAAAAUUUAGCAUGGGUUAA